AUGACGCUGGAUCAGAACCAGGCCAUGCCGAUGCAGCCCCCGGCCCUGCAGCCCGGAAGAACAUAUGGAGCAGAGGGCAGUACUGUGGUGCAUGGUUCCGUCAGAACAAUAGGAGGCCGUGCUCUUGCCUCGAAUGAGUACCAGAUUUUGGUACAGCAGAAACCCCAGGGAGAUGCGCCACUGCUGGCCUCUAAUCUGUGCAGGAAGAAGCGACCUCGCAGGUCACGCGAUGGGCCUACGUCAGUGGCAGCUGUCAUCCAGCGGUGGGCUGAGCACAACAAGCAGUUGGAGUAUGCUCCUGAGGGGGCAAAGCGACCAAGAAAAGCACCUGCAAAGGGUUCGAAGAAGGGCUGUAUGAAGGGAAAAGGAGGGCCUGACAAUACACAGUGUGGAUACCGUGGAGUGAGGCAGCGUACUUGGGGGAAGUGGGUUGCUGAAAUAAGAGAGCCAAAUCGUGUCAACAGACUCUGGCUGGGUACCUUCCCAACUGCGGAGGAUGCAGCUAGGGCCUAUGAUGAGGCAGCCAGAGCAAUGUAUGGAGACUUGGCACGUACUAACUUCCCCAGACAGCAUGCAGCAACCUAUGCCCAGGCUGCUCUAGCAUCGACCUCUGUCCAGGCUGCUCCAACAGCUGUUGAAGCUCUUCGGCCUGGCACAUCAUGCGAGUCAACAACAACAUCAAACCACUCAGAUAUCACAUCCACCUCACACAAGCCUGAAGCCUCCGACAUUUCGAGCUCCGUAAAGGCAGAAUGGCCAGAAGCUUUGGAGGCUGGAUCAAGCGGUAUCCAAAUUGGCACACCCAGUGUAGCUGACAAGGUCUUCGGGACGCUGGAACCUAUCACAAAUCUUCCAGAUGGUGGUGUCACAAAUCUUCCAGAUGGUGGUGAUGAUUUUGAUAUUGGUGAGAUGCUGAGGAUGAUGGAAGCUGAUCCCCAUAAUGAAGGUGGAGCCGACGCUGGCAUGGGGCAGCCCUGGUGUCUUGAUGGGCUGGAUUCGAGCGUCCUGGAGAGCAUGCUCCAGUCAGAGCCAGAGCCAUUCCUGAUGUCUGAAGAACCGGAGAUGUUUCUUGUUGGCUUCGAAAGCCCAUCAAGUUUCUUUGAGGGUCUGGAGCGGCUAAAAUGA